GACAGUAUGGCAGAGGCAGGAAAUACGGCGGAUGAAAAAAAAGAAUACUUUUCCAGAGUAAAUCUUGCACUGACCGACUGUGGUAGACGAGUGUUAUUACAUCUUCUACAAAUAAGAGUUAGGGAACUCACACCAAAAGACCAUCAGGAUCAACACUGGUCACUAGAUGAAUUUUUGAAUCAUAACAUGGAAGAUAUAUUGAUAUGCAUUGGUAGAGAUAAAAGCAAGAAAAAUAUUCUGUAUCCAUUCAAACAAGACACAGAUUUGACCAAGUGGGAUAUUCCCCUUUUUGUUUUUGUACUUCUAAAUGCAUGCGAACUUAACGAUCACGAAUCUCUUUACUGUCAACUUAUACAUGACAUCCGUAAUCUUAUUGAUUUGAGGAAUAAAAUGCUACACAAGGGAACGCCAACAUUGGACGAGCAAAUUUACCGCAAAUAUUUUGGCCGUAUUGUCGGUGCUGUGCAACGAAUAUGUGACUAUAUGCAAGAGCCGGACUUGAAAGAAUCACUUUCAAAAGAACUUGAUAAGUACGAAAGCCUGAAACACGUCUAUCCCAACGGUCUUAUAUCAGAGUUGGGUUGCAAAUCAGUUGACAUGAUGAAUGAGGCUGACGCAGCGGUUGUAAACGGUUUGCAGCAAAUACAGAUGAUCAUUCAGAAAAAGGGGUUGUCAGUAAAUAUACCAAUUCUCGAUGUCAUGGUCAUGUUUCGCAACUACAAUAAAGAAGACGAACGCGCCAUUGCGGAACGACUUCAUGGACCAUUUUCACAGGCAUUAGAGCAUGGUGAAGCGAUGCCAGCUGACCGGAGUUCAAGUGAGCUGGACGUUGAAGUCAAGUCCCUUGUUCGUAAGUUAUUUGACGAAAAAAGAGAGAUAACGAAGGUCAGCACGGGUUGUCUCGUUCUAUCAAUCCAGUGUCACGAUAUAGGCGCAGUUAUUUCUCUAGUACAAGACAACCUUUCGGGAAAGUUUGGGAGUUUAUUUGAACCUCUUGAAGAGGUAAUGCGGACUUAUGACGACCAUGCUCUCUUUGAAGUUUAUGUUGGUAUUACAAGGCAAAGCUGUUGGGCUCUCCUUAACGAAAUGUGUAAGUUAAGGAAGAAAAGUAUAGAUUUCCAUUUGUCAUUUGCCAUAUAAUUUGAAACUGGGCAUCCUCAUUUGAUAAUCGGUUUUUGUAUUUUUGCUAGUUUGGAUGUUCACAUGAACUGAUAAGAGUUACUCUAAGAGUCUAUUUAUUUGUUUGGACACAUAUUAUAAUCGCCUAGGCAGUGAUCUCUCUUGAUGAGCAGAUUCAGGAAACCAAGCGCGAACAAAUUUGGAUUUACGAAAAACAUCGUUAUUUACACAUAUCUACAUUUACUGUACGGCAAAAAUAAGUUUCCGCUGUGUGGAGUUUGACAUUGGUAUCUAAAUAUGACCUAGUUUUGGGGAUCAGA